UCCUGACACAGAAGUCGACGCAAAAAGAGAUCAUCCUGCAAGAGUUGAAGAAAAGCGCAGCAUGUGGGAUGUAUUCAAUGGGGAGAUGUACCCAAAAAAGUGGCCGGGAAGUUGGCGGUAUAUGGAUAUCUUCGCUGUUCUCUUCAUCAUCACACACUAUAAGUAUACAGAAGCUGUUCAGCAAUUGUGGCCAGGCACCAUUGGUCAGGACAAGUGUACCAGUGGACGAGGACUCAAGUACAUCUCAGGGGAUGCCUUAACAGACAGUCCCAACUGCAUAGGUCCCAACAGUGCCCCUUAUCCCAGGGCAUCGAUCAAUUUAAGAUACACAAUUCAGUAG